GCAGUCGCUGACAUUCUGACAUUUCACAACUUGUGUCGUGUGUGAACGUAACGUACGGCUUUUGUGAUAUUGUGAUUCACUAAAAACGCUUUUCCUGAAAUAUAUGCUGGAAGUUUUUAUAUUAAAAAACUUCUAUUACACGUCUUGAAUUGUUAUAAUAUGAGUAAUGCACCCAACCAAAAUGGAUCAGGUCUAGAGCAGCAAUUUGCUGGUCUGGACUUGCAGAGUCGCAGCUCGAGCAGCAGCGGCCGGUACGUGCCCCCGCACUUACGCAACAAACAGUCUUCACAAUCUCAACAAUCUUCUGAUAAUAAUUACGAUAAAGAUCGUUACGACAGAGAUCGUAGCGGACUCGAUUCACGAGAUAGAGGAGGCAGCAGAGGAGGUAGCAGAAACUUUGGCAGAGAAAAAGAUAAUAGGGGUGGGGAUUUUUCUAGUUUUAAUACAAGGAAUAGAAGAGAUUUUCAAAACGGCGAUGCUUAUGACAGGCAUGACUGGGGUAGUGGACGCAAUAACGACAGGGACAGGGACCGUAACACCGAUCUUCAACCGCGCAAUGAUCGCUGGCAGGAACCAGAGCGUUCUUCAAGAGGUAACGAUCGAGAUGGGGGCGGUAGGUGGAAUGACAAUGGAGGUGGAGGUGGCCGCUGGAAUGAAAACCGCAGGAACAUUUCUUCCGAAAGCGAUUGGACGAUCCCUAUGCCAAGAGACGAACGCAUCGAACAAGAAUUGUUUGGCAUUGGCAACACUGGAAUUAAUUUUAGUAAAUAUGAAGAUAUACCGGUGGAGGCAACUGGAGACAGAGUCCCCCGUCACAUUACAUCUUUUGAGGAAGUACAGCUGACAGAGCUAAUUCGUAGCAAUAUUGCUAUGGCUCGUUACGAUUCCCCUACUCCGGUACAGAAAUAUGCUAUACCGAUUAUCAUAUCGAAGAGAGACGUAAUGGCGUGCGCGCAAACGGGAUCUGGCAAGACGGCCGCUUUCCUUGUACCAAUUUUGAAUCAGAUGUUUGAAAAUGGUCCUCCAAAUAUUCAGCAUGGUAGAGGCAGACGCAAGCAGUUCCCUCUAGGGUUGGUAUUAGCACCAACUAGAGAAUUGGCAACACAAAUUUAUGAUGAAAGCAAAAAAUUUUCUUAUAGGUCGAGAGUUAGACCUUGUGUUGUUUAUGGUGGCGCUCAUAUAGGCGAUCAAGUGCGUGAAUUAGAACGCGGAUGCCACCUUCUUGUAGCAACUCCUGGUCGUUUACUCGAUUUAAUAGACAGAGGACGUAUCGGACUCGAUUAUUGUCGUUAUCUUGUACUUGACGAAGCCGACAGAAUGUUAGACAUGGGUUUCGAAGUUCAAAUUAGACGUAUCGUCGAAAAAGAAACUAUGCCAAAAACUGGUGAAAGACAAACUUUGAUGUUUUCAGCAACUUUUCCAUCUCCCAUCCAAAUGUUGGCUAGGGAUUUUCUCGAUAAUUAUAUUUUCUUGGCAGUUGGCAGAGUAGGAAGUACAUCUGAGAAUAUUACCCAAAAAGUGGUGUGGGUAGAAGAACACGAUAAAAGAUCAUUUUUAUUGGAUCUAUUGAACGUUGCAGAUUUGCAACAACCUUCGGCAGAAAGUUUAACUCUAGUUUUUGUGGAAACGAAAAAAGGGGCUGACGCUUUGGAAGAAUUUUUGCACAAUGAAGGUUAUCCUGUAACAUCGAUUCAUGGUGACAGGAUUCAAAGAGAAAGAGAAGACGCCCUUCGGCAAUUCAGAUCAGGGAAUACUCCGAUUUUGGUUGCUACCGCUGUUGCUGCCAGAGGAUUGGAUAUUCCUCACGUCAAACACGUUAUUAAUUUUGAUUUACCCUCCGACAUCGAAGAAUAUGUACACCGAAUUGGACGUACAGGCCGAAUGGGUAAUUUAGGUCUAGCAACAUCAUUCUUCAAUGACCGCAACAGAAAUCUGUCUAGCGCUAUGUUAGAUCUAUUAAUUGAAGCCAAACAGGAAUAUCCUAGUUGGUUGGAGAGUGUAGCUGCCGAUGGUAGAGUACCUAGCGCAAGUAGAAGAGGUGGGAAAGGUAGAUAUGGUAAUAGCGGAGGAGGAAGUUUUGGUAGCAGAGAUUAUCGUCAACAAUCCGGAGGUGGUAGUCAAAGAGGGCAAAGAUCUAGUGGUGGCGGUGGAUACGGAAAUAAUGGAUAUGGAAACGGAGGAAAUCAUUAUGGAGGAAUGGAUAGAGGAAGUAACUUUGGAGGAAACUACAAUAACUCUAACAGUCGCGAUGAUUGGUGGGAAAAUUAAGAGUAAUUAAGCUCGACAGAUUAUUAGAUUAAAAUACUUAACAUGUACCUAUUUACCUCCCGAUACGUACUUCUAGUAAUCCAGUCUCUACUUUAAUGUCAGUGUUAUCUCGUUCUCCAAUUCUCCACCCAAAAUUUCCCUAUAUAUUUAUUAUUUUCAAGUCAUUAUUUAUUUCAGAAAAUAAACUCCUGACGAUAAUAGUAAAAUUUUCCUCCCAGUUUUCGUUUUGAAAAACUCUCCUUGUGUACCUUGUUAUAGGAAACUUACUGAUAAACAAAAAUAAUAGGAAAACUAUUGUUAAGAAUACGUGUAUUUUUCUUUUCUUUUUUCCGUGGUCUAUUACGAGCAUUUUUGUGAUUUAAUAUUGAAAAGUUUUCUUGAGGAAAAACAGUUUUAGCUGAAACUAUUGAAAAAUUAAAUAUUUCGAUGACUUUCGUAAGUAUUGGACUUGAUAUGUUUGAUUUAAAAAAAUAUGUUUUUCAAAUUUAAAAAGUUAUAAUAUUAAUGUUUUGAGGCAAAUAACUUCUCAUAUAUAACAUGGAGAGUGAGUCAAUCAAACAUUACAUUCUGUUCAAAUUCUUUUCAAUAUUUUCGAUGGUUUUGAAUUUUAAACAAACUAAAUGUGCCUCAGCUUCACUGUAGUUUGACAAACCAUUAAAGCAAGUAACUCCACAUAUUUACCGUGGAGUAAAUAGAUAAUCGAGAGUGAGCCAUUUAGGGAAUCAAUCAAACAUUAUAUUCUGUUCAAAUUCUUUCAAAUUAAAAACGGCUUUGAAUUUCAAACAAAAUAAAUGUAUCAUUUUGCCUCGUCUUCUUUGUAGUUUGACAAACAAUUGAAGUAAGUAACUUAAUGGGAAAAAUACCGUUACCACUUAAUGAAUCAUUUAACCAUUACAUUCUGUUCGAAUUCUAUUUAAACUUGAAAUGCUUUUACAAAUAUUGGUCAAUAUAAGUGUGUCAUUUUGUCAAAUCUUCACUGUAGUUUGACAAACAAUUGAGGCAAGUAAUAUAUAAAGUGAGGUAAAAAAAGAAUUGAGAAUGAGUCACUUACUGAAUCACUCAAACAUUACAUUCGAUUGAUAUUCUUUUCAAACUUGAAACUUUUUUUCAAAUAUUGGUCAAUAAUAGCGUGUCAUUUUGUCAAAUCUUCAUCGUAGUUUAACAAACAAUUGAGGUAAGUGACUCCACACAUUUAACGUGGAGCAAAUAGAUAAUCGAGAGUGAGCCAUUUAUGGAAUCAAUCAAACAUUAUAUUCUCUUCAAAUUUGAGAUGGUUUUGAAUUUUAAACAAAGUAAAUGUGUCAUUUUCACUGUAGUUUGACAAACAAUUGAAGCAACUAACUUCUGUUCUGUUCAAACUCUUCAAAUUUGAAACGUUUUUUCAAAUAUUGGUCAAUAUCAAUGUGUCAUUAUGCCAAAUGUUCCCUGUAGCUUAACAAAUAAUUGAGGUAAGUAACUUCACACAUAUAACGUGGAGUAAAAAAAUAAUCGAGAGUGAGCCGUUUAGGGAAUCAUAUAAACACUAACAAUUGAAGCGAAGUUGAAGAAGCUAAUGUUUGGAGAGUGUUUAAGGUUAGGUGAGGUUUAAUAUCCCGAAUUGCUUCUUCUGUAUUGUUUCGCUAACGGUAUUCGUUUUUCCAUUGUUUCCAUCAAAUAUAACAAAAUAAAAGUAAAGUUUGUCGCAUAACUAUCAUCGUAAAAAAUUUUAACUACAAUUUCUAUUUCUAUAGAACAAUUAAGUGUAUCGGAUAUCCACGUUUUGACCUCAAUUGGCUAUGUAUUGCCUCACAUUCGAAUUAAAAUACCUUUAAUAUCUCCCAAUAUAAUAUAAAGAGUUUGUAUUUCAAUAGUUUGCGGAAACAAAACAGCUAAAAUUGUAUUUCCUGUCAAAGAUGAAAACUUGUCAUGCAGUGCUCCUAACUUUUGUUUAAGAAUAUUAGAAGUGUGUAUUAAUAAAAAGAAUUUUAAUAUAAAUCUCUCUUUAAUAAAUGUCGAAAAUGAUAGUAAGAGUACUACCGAUAGUUUUUGAAUAGUAAAUCAAUUUGAUUGAAAUUGGAAAUUUUAAUAAGUGAAAAUAUUUAAUGAGGAAUUUGAAAUUUUGUAAAUAAAAUGCUUCUUGUAAACUGUUGGUAGUACGCUUUCUAUCUGAAGCUGGUUUAUCGAAUAAUUUCAUAAACAAAAAUUUUAAACGAAAGAUUUUUCAUACAAAAUCUGUUGAUAUCUCGUUCUCCAUUCUACAGAUUUGAGUUUGUCAUAAGGGACAUUGGUGUAAAAUGACGAAAAAGGCAUUAUGUAUUUUUAGUGGUGUAGUUGUAUCUGUGAAUAGAUACUCUUCUUCAAAAAUGACAUUUUUCUCAAUUUUACUUGACCAAGAAACUUUGUUUUCACUCUCCGAAUAACAAAUUUUGACAUCUGUAUCCCGAUCAAAAUCAAAACCUCGUAAGACCAAAAAUGUAAUUUUAUAAAUGUAAAAACAUUGUCUUUGCUAGUAAUGGGUAAGUUCCCGAAAAUUUAUUUUGUGGUCUUUUUUCUCAGAAUAAUUUUCCCGGCAAAAACCAGAUUGUACAAUUCGAGAUUAUGAUUUAGUAUUUUUUCGUCCUCUCCAAUUAUGAAUAUCAGUUUUAAUAUAUUCCUGUGUAGCUUUGUCCAUUUGCCAUUACCCUACAUUAUAGCUAUUUAAUCAGGAUUGUAUUUUUUUAUUGCCUUUUACAGGUAAUGAUAAUUUUGAUUGUACUAAAUAAAAAAAUUAUGAAUCGAUAUAGAAAUUUCACAGUUAUUUGAUAUAUUCUCAAAAAUAAUUUGUUUAUUAAUACAAUUACAUGAUUCUGGAUGAAUUAUUUUGGAAUUAUUUGUUUGGAAAAUAUUUGGAAUUUACCCAAUUUUUCAAAAUAAUUUCACCAGAAUCUUAUAAAAUAGAAGAAAAUAGACUAAAAACUGAGAAAAUUUAGACUAAAAGAAAAUUGAAUAAUUCUGGAUGAAUUAUUUUGAAAGAAAACUCAUUUUGUUCGGAAAAUAUUUGGAAUUUACCAAAUUUUCCAAAAUAAUUUCCUUAGAAUCUUCUAAAAUAGAAGAAAAUAGACUAAAAACUGAGAAAAUUUAGACUAAAAGAAAAUUGAACGAUUCUUGAUGAAUUAUUUUGAAAUAAAACUUAUUUUGUGCGGAAAAUACUCAGAAUUUACCAAAUUUUCCAAAAUAAUUUCCUCAGAAUCUUUUAAAAUAGAAGAAAGUACACCAAAAAUUACUAAACGAAAAUUACACUGAGAGACAUGGUUUUCACAUAUAUCGAAAAGUUUCAAUAGAUGUCGCUACUAAUUCAAAACUUACAAAAUUUGAUAUACAAAGUUUCAACAUUCCGGUGAUUUGUUUGAUUCACUAUACUACGAGUUGUUUAUGAAAUUAUUGUCAGGAAACGGCUUAUAGGUCGAUUUUUCGAGAGGGCUCAAAUAGCGUUGCAGUUACAGCUAUUUAGGGCGCUAAGAAUUAUGUACAUUUUGACUGUGAUAUUUUUACCGAUCUAAGCGAAUAAUCAUCGUUAACUCGAUUAUAUAGCUCGAAGCUGUGACGAAUUUAAUGGAAAGUUAUGAGACGUAGAUAAAAAUACAGUCAAGUGACGUUGACGCGACGGAUAAAUCUUAGCGUAUUUAAUUUAUAUUUAAAAAAAAGAGUUAAGUUUUUAUAUAGAUAUAUAUAUAUAAAAAAAAUAAUAAUAAAAUAGUUUAUAAGGUCGAUAAUUUAGAUGUUAGAGUGGGCACGGUCUUCCUUUUGAGAAGCUUCUAUAUUUUGAUAAUGUUUUUUCAAAACUACCCCGAUUUUUAUGAAAAUAAUUUCGAAUCUUAACAAGAGAUUAGUAAAAAAAAUUGUUAUAAUAUUAUCAAGGAAAAAAAAUAACCAAAUUAGAAAAAUAGGACGAUAGAAUUUUUUUCUAGUGAUGUACGAAUUUAAUUUGACCGGUUAUACGUCAGUAGGUGUCAUUAGAUCAUGUAGUUGAAAUUAUAGAACGACUACUCGUAAAGUGACAUAAGUGUAUAAUAGUGUGAAAAUUUUUAAAAAUCGUACUUUUUUGAAUUUGCUGUUUAAACCGGUACGUUUUUCUCAUUGGUCUUCUGCAGUUGCUACAUCUAACAUCAUGAUAGUAUCUCGCAUAGAUAUUUAUGAUUAAUGCUGUCAAAAAUUUUGUCUAGCAACUUAUAAUUGCUACAAAGCGAGUUUUAGCUUUUCUUGGUAACACUUUUUGAGCUGGAAAAAUUCUAAAAUAAUGUUCUAAGUACUGUUUUCUCAUCAUCGUAAUAUCACUUUCUAGGGGUUGCCAACCGUCUUGAAGAUGCACUAAGGCGCGGAAGUCGUCUUAAUUGGGCGGGAAGUCGUCUUAAUUGCGCGGGAAAUCGUCCUAAUUGCGCGGGACGUCGUUUUAAUUGGGCGGGAAGAUUUUCUAUACUGUUACACUUUCAUUUUGUUUAAUAGUUAUGAAAAUACUCCUAAAAACAUCCCAUCUCAUAUUUUGGCAAGGAAUCGCUAAGUUGGGAACUGUGGGAUCAAAUCGCCGAUGAAGGUCUUUCUUUCUUUUCUCCCCCGUCUUCCUUAUACCCCUAUCUCGUGCCGGACACCUACAGAUGAUACUGAACACACUAUUUACACUACCAACACUUAUAAUUACAGUGUAUGAUACGUGUUUCGAUAACCGAGGUAUCGUCUUCAGAGACUGUUUACUUCUAGUUUCUGAAGACGAUAUUUUAGUUAUCGAAACGCACGUCAAUCAUUGUAAUUGGUGUAGUGGUAGUGUAAACAGUGUGUUCACCAAUGGUUACAGAAAUUUCAACUUACUCAUUGAUGAUAAUUGGUCAAAAGUGAUUGUCAAGAAAAUUGUUUGAAAAUAUGGUUUUUUAUACUAGAAAAAAACUCUUUCGUGCGAUUUUUAUUUAAUUUCUAUGAUUUUUUGAAAGAGCGUGAAAAAACUCAGUAAUUUUUACGAUUGCAAGAUUUUUUUCCACUUUUCAGUGGAUUUUUAGCUAUAAUUCCAGGGAUAUUUAUUUUCAGUGUAUUUUUUUGAGUACAUAUUGAAAAAAAUGGCAUUUUUUUCCAUAUUCCAAUGGGGUAAAAAACAAUAACGAAACAUGGUGGUUUAAAAAUCAUUAUCAAGUUUUUAGCUCGCUCCUUUUAGUGUCUUAACAACAGUACUAGGUCGUGAAGGACAAAAAUAAAGGUCAAGCAUCCGAAUUUUUGAACAUCUGUUUUUAAUUCCGCUCUAGUAUUGUAUAAUUUCAAACUGGACCCUUCCCAGGUGUUUUUUUUUACUAAAUAUACGUUUAUAAUUUGUAUAUUUUUUAUUGUAUUAUUUUUUAUUUUCUAGAUUUUUUUUAAUUUAUUUAAGUCGUUAAAUAUACAGGAAUAGAAAUUAUUUCUUAUAUUUAAAAACCGAUUUUUUUACUACAUAAGAGCAAUUUUUUUUAAUUAACUCUACCUGUGAUACAGUUAGAAAAUGUGUGCCUAUUCUAACUGAAUGUGGAACAAAUCACAUUCUGAACAUUUGAAAAAAGUUAUUCGAGAUAACGUAACGAGGAGCUGUGACUGCAACUUAAUUGUUUAAAUAGAAAACUGGAGACUUUACCGUGAUACAAACAAUCGUCCUCGUCGGAUAUUAUUUUUUAUUUUUUUUCGGUUUGUGUCAUUUCUCUCCAGAUCGGUUUCGUUGAUUUAUUAAGGGAAUAUGAGUUUGAAGGAAUGGAAAAAUGCUCCACUAUCUUUUACAGAGCAUUAUAAUUUUAAUGCAUUUACACAAUUUGUUCUGUUAGAAAUCAAUUAAUAAAAAUUUCAAAA